UUGACUGUUUUACCUAAUGGUCACUUUUGUCUACUUUAUAACACUUGCCUUGCGCAGAUGCGGUAACCCUGAUACUUUCUGAAAGAACGAAGAAGCUGAAUUUGGGGUGUAUUAAGAAGCUCAAAUGGAGUCUGAUCUGAGCAAUUCUACAGAAGGAGAACAAAAAGUGCUACAAGAUGAAGAGGAAAAAGAAGGCUGGGAAGGGGAAAUUCUGCGGAGGAGAAUUUCCAGCCACCCUUUAUACGGGCUAUUAGUUGAAACUCACCUCAACUGUUUGAAGGUUGGAGGAAUAGGUGACAUGGACAGAGGUUAUUUAGCUACGGAUGUGAUCAAACAGCAAGAUAACAAUAUCAGAUGCUUAAACACGCUUAACCAAUCAGAGCUAGAUCGCUUCAUGGAAACCUAUUGUUUUGCAUUGAGCAAGCUGAAAGAAGCAAUGGAGGAAUCUCAGAUAAAAUCUAUGGCAUUUAUCAACAGCAUGCACUCGCAGUUAAGGGAGAUCCCAGCCACCAGUGCGGCAGCCCACAAACCCACCACCUCAUCUUCCAGUGACACAAACUGAAGCCAAGCAAGUAGAAAAAUAUAAUGGAUCGGAUGAGUUAUUGUUCUGAUCUAACCCAAGGUCUCUCACACGGAUGUAACAAAAUCUGAAAUAUUAUUAGCUUGUGUUUUUUUAAUUUAAGCAA